CACUGACAGCGAAUGUCAAAUAUAUUGAUAAUAGUUUCAGUUUUUCCAUUUACGAUGUUUUAAGGUUUUAUGUUUAGUACAGUAACAAUACACAACACUGCUUAGAAAGAUAGUAGAUUAUACGUAACAAUAAGUUCAAUUCUACUUCCAGGCGAGUUCUGAUUAAAAAGUGAAGAUAGUCCAGGUUUUUCAAGACCCCCAACUAUGGCAGAAACACCGAGCUCACAACGGCUAACCAACGAUGACUUCCGCAAACUCCUCAUGACCCCGCGGGCGACCCCCUCACAUACUCCGGCCCCCGUUGGAUCGGUGAGGGAAGCCAUGAACGACCCCAACUCCAUGCCACCCCCGAAGAUAGAAGACAAGUCGGAAGCUAGACGACGGAAGAAGAGCUACUAUGCCAAACUCAAAAAACAAGAAGACAAUAAAAUGGCUGAGCUGGCCGAGAAGUACAGGGACCGUGCAAGUGAAAGAAGGUCCGGAGUUAACCCGGAUUACCAAGCUGACGAUCCCAUCGCCACGGCUCAGGCCUACAGGGCCGUGGCCCCGGAUUUGAAGUCCGGAUAUGACGCUGCAGAACGGAGGAGGCAGAUGAUUCAAGAGUCCAAGUUCUUGGGAGGUGACAUGGAGCAUACUCACUUGGUGAAGGGUCUGGAUUAUGCCCUCCUGCAGAAGGUCAGGAGCGAGAUACAGCAGAUCGAGCAGGAACAGGAACAAGAACUGGAAAGGUUGGCCAAUAAGAACUUGGAGGAAAAGGAGAAGGAAAAGAAGGACGCCCAAAAGAAAGAGGAAGAGGAAAUGAAAUUUAAAACAAAAAUCGGCCGGUCGAUUUACCACACGAUAAACGCGUUGAAAUCAAGGCAUAUCGAACGUGCCGAACUGUUCGUACCAGGGAGAAUGGCAUACGUCAUCGAUUUAGAUGAAGAGGCGGAGACUGACAUUCCCACAACUCUGAUCCGCUCGGUGGCCGACGUACCCUCUUUCGAAUUAACCACGACUUUGACCACCAACGACAUCGUCAUAAACAAGCUGACGCAGAUCCUGAGCUACCUGCGGCAAGGUAACCGCAAGAACAAGAAGAACAAACGCGGCAUGACGGACAACAACAAGGAAUUCGACCUGAUCGACGAGCAGGAGGGGAAGAAACCCGCGAAACGCUCCCACCACGCCGACGAUUCCAUAUACGGGGACAUCGGUGACUACGUGCCGUCAAGAAGUAGCAAACACAGGGAUCGGGAGGGUAAGCGGCACACGUACUUCGACAAGCACGAUCACGAGCCCGUGGACAACACCGGGCCGUCGUACCGCGUCAACAAGUCCGCCGAAAUCCUUAAUAAGCUGCAGCAGGAGCCCGAGGGGUACGCGGAAUGCUAUCCAGGUUUAGAGGAAAUGAACGACGCGAUAGACGACAGCGACGACGAGGUGGAUUACUCCAAGAUGGACUUGGGCAAUAAGAAGGGGCCCAUCGGGCGCUGGGACUUUGACACCGCGGAGGAAUACUCGGACUACAUGAAUCAGAAGGAGGCGCUGCCUAAGGCGGCGUUCCAGUACGGUCUGAAAAUGGCCGACGGGAGGAGGUCGAGGAAGCACAAGGAUAAGAACGAGAAGGCGCAUCUGGACAGGGAGUGGCAGAAAAUUCAGAAUAUCAUCCAGAAGAAGAGAUAAAGUGUUAUUUUUCUCGUUUUUGUUUAAUAAUAGUUGCAGUAGGUGGAUUUGGAAUGUCUUGUAUAUUGGAAAAAUAAAACUAAAGAAAUUA